CUGUAGAGAUCACCCUCCAUCUACUCUCGGUAGACCCCAGGCGGCACCUCAUCAGUGGCACGUGUGCAGCACGCGUCACAAGCUGCGCACAUGAGUCAUCCGCUGCCAAAAUUGGCACCCGUUCAAACGGCUCUCAUUCAAGCCAAGCAAAUGGGAACCGCCACCCGCUUCCUCCGCUCACCGGCGCAGCCCCUUCCGACUCUCCCACGAACCCGACCCCGACCCCGACCCCGACCCCGACCCCAUGCCUCCCCACUCUCCUCCUUCGCGUUCCCUUCCCACGACCUCCCUCUCCACCCCAACUCCACCCUCCUCUUCUUUCCAAUCAAAAAUUCCACCAAUCUCUCUCUCAGACCCAACCACAAACACCUGACCCCCAUCGCAGCCUCCUCCCAAUCCCAGUUCCAGUCCCCAUCUGAACCCCGAACCCUAGCUAAACCCUUCUCCUUCGUCCCCCUCCCUGCUAUAGAUCUCUCCGGCAUCACCCCUUUUACCGUCUGCAAAUGGUCCGCCGUCCUCGCCCUCGCCCUCGCCGCUGCCAAGAAGACCGCCGCCCUCCUCCUCGACCCCUUCUUCUGGACCUACUUCAGCAUGGCCUGGGUCUUCUGGCCUUGGCUCCUCGCCAUCCUCUUCGCCGCCUAUGGCCUCUACUCAUUCCGCCGCCACUCCCUCGGCUGCUCCACCCUCGUCGAGCAGCUCGCCAUCGUCACCUCCACCAUUGCCUGGCUCACCCUCGUCCCGCCGGCCCACUUCAACGGCUUCCUGGAGGGCUGGCCCAUCGCUCUCUUCUUCAUCUACCACUACUUCUUCUUCUUCGAAUCCUCUGUGCGGAAGCGCCUCUACGGCGACCUCUACCCCCGCCCUCACGAUUCCAAGUGGGAUGUCAGCCUCCCUCGGGCCGCCCAGAUUGGUUUCGCAGUCUUCGUAUUCAUCGGGCACUGGCUGGCAGCGUAUGAAGGGCCCGAAUUGCAUCUGAUUUCGGGCGGGUGGGCCAAUGUGGUGGUAUGGCUUUUGGUUGCCAUGACGCUGUUUAUGCGUUACCACUCGGUUCUUUACCUCGCCAACUAUUCGGAGAAGGUGGUGGUGCCGACGGCGGUGGUUCAGUUCGGGCCGUACCGCUGGGUGCGCCAUCCCCUCUAUGCUUCCACGAUGCUGCUGUUUGCUCUGCAUUGCAUCACACUGCGAGCGCCGCUCAGCUUGGCGUAUCUUGUUGCAGUGUGUUUGUUGUAUUAUGGGCAGAAGGCAGAGUUGGAGGAGGCUCUUAUGGUGGAGACUUUUGGAGAGAGGUACACUGAGUACAUGAAGAAGGUCAGAUACAGGCUAAUUCCUCUUUUGUAUUGAUUGACCAGUGUGUGGGUUUAGCAUGUUUGCUCUUGUUCUUGUCAGCGGGAAAUCUUGCUCUCAGAAAGAUGCACCUGAAAACAUAUGUAAGGUUAUUUGUUUGAUGUCAAGGAAUGUGCACCAUAAUGGCUUUAUGCUCAUUGUGUGCUACAUCUCAUUUCUUCGGUAAAUUAUAAUAGUAUAGCUGCAAGUUAUAACUUUUUCAUGAUCA